CAACCUCGCGUCCAUGGCCAAGAUACCGCGUAACUUCCGCCUCCUUGAGGAGCUCGAGAAGGGCGAGAAGGGUAUCGGCGAUGGGUCCUGUUCAUAUGGCCUGGAGGACGGUGACGAUAUGCUGAUGAGCAGCUGGAAUGGGACCAUUAUCGGCCCUGGUCAUACCGUGCACGAGAACCGCAUAUACAGUCUGAAGAUCCACUGCGGCGAUGACUACCCUGAACGGCCCCCCACUGUCCAGUUCAUCUCGAAGGUGAACCUGCCUUUCGUGAGUCAAACCGACGGCAAGGUGGACCCGUCCAAAUUGCCCGUUCUGGCGCACUGGAACCGGAAUCACAGCAUUGAAACGGUGCUCGUGGAGAUUAGGAAGGAGAUGGCGUCCUUCAACAAUAGAAAGCUUCCCCAGCCUCCGGAAGGCAGCGUCUUCUGAGCGUUGUCUCCCGUCUUGCUCCGGUUUCGAAUCAAGGAGUCUCUGGUCUCGUCCGCAUUGUUUUACUUAGCAGCAUCCAUUCUAUCUCAGGUUCUAUGCACUGAAAUCUGUAUCCCUUUACGCCCCAUUUGUCCUUGAUCCCAAACGAUGUGUUAUCAGACCUAUCAUCUAUACAAUUUCAGAUAAUGAGUCAGUGUACAUUCAUCCAGACAUCCUGUUACGAGGUAGAUCGCACGAAGAGCAGAUGUAAGAUGAUCAAUUGAAGAGACGUAAGAACAUCGUAAGACGUAGUCCCGAGUGACACAAGCACG